AUGUCUUCUCGGCUUCGCACAUGGCAUGAAGCUGCAACUCCAAGACUUCGCGACUUGCACAGAAAAUCCACCCAAGCGACCAAGCACGACGACGGAUCUUUCGGGUCUCUUCUUGGCCUCUCAUCCACCGUCCAGCAGGACCCUGCUCUGCCCAGCCGCCAAGGAACACGUUGGGAUGAACCAAAAGAAAUUCCGGUCAUUGGCUGGGUCACCGCCGAUUCAAUCCAAGGGCCCCCCGUGGUUCCUCUCUUUGGUCCCGUUGUCGUGGCCCCAUGGGUGACCGUUGGAAUCGACUCGUCCACGUAA